UGUUCUUACACCUGGGAGCCAGGGGCAGCCCGUGUAGCCUAGUACCAAGGAUCCGGGAGAGUUUCUGUUCUCAUCUUGCCUUUCAGAUGUUCCGAAUGCCAGGAUUCCCUCACCAACUGGUACUACGAGAAGGAUGGGAAGCUUUACUGCCACAAGGACUACUGGGGGAAGUUUGGGGAGUUCUGCCAUGGAUGCUCUCUGCUGAUGACGGGGCCUGUCAUGGUGGCCGGGGAGUUCAAGUACCACCCAGAGUGCUUUGCCUGUAUGAGCUGCAAGGUGAUCAUUGAGGAUGGGGAUGCGUACGCCCUGGUGCAGCACGCCACCCUCUACUGUGGGAAGUGCCACAACGAGGUGGUGCUGGCACCCAUGUUUGAGAGGCUCUCCACAGAGUCUGUCCAGGACCAGCUGCCCUAUUCCGUCACACACAUCUCCAUGCCGGCCACCACCGAGGGCAGGCGGGGCUUCUCCGUGUCCGUGGAGAGUGCCUGCUCCAACUACGCCACCACCGUGCAAGUAAAAGAGGUCAACCGGAUGCACAUCAGUCCCAACAACCGCAAUGCCAUCCACCCUGGGGACCGCAUCCUGGAGAUCAAUGGGACCCCCGUCCGCACACUCCGAGUGGAAGAGGUAGAAGAUGCAAUUAGCCAGACGAGCCAGACGCUUCAGCUCUUGAUUGAACAUGACCCCGUCUCCCAGCGCCUGGACCAGCUGCGGCUGGAUGCACGGCUCUCUCCCCACAUGCAGAAUGCCAGACACUCGGACACCCUCAGCCCCCUGGACACCAAGGAGAAUCUGGAAGGGACGCUGAGGAGACGCUCCCUGAGGCGCAGUAACAGCAUCUCCAAGUCCCCUGGCCCCAGCUCCCCAAAGGAGCCCCUCCUGCUCAGCCGUGACAUCAGCCGCUCAGAAUCCCUCCGCUGUUCCAGCAGCUAUUCGCAGCAGAUCUUCCGGCCGUGUGACCUGAUUCACGGGGAGGUCCUGGGAAAGGGCUUCUUUGGGCAGGCCAUCAAGGUGACACACAAAGCCACGGGCAAAGUGAUGGUCAUGAAGGAGUUGAUUCGGUGUGACGAGGAGACACAGAAGACUUUUCUGACUGAGGUGAAGGUGAUGCGCAGCCUGGACCACCCCAACGUGCUCAAGUUCAUCGGCGUGCUGUACAAGGACAAGAAGCUGAACCUGCUGACGGAGUACAUCGAGGGGGGCACGCUGAAGGACUUUCUGCGCAGCGUGGACCCAUUCCCCUGGCAGCAGAAGGUCAGCUUUGCCAAAGGCAUCGCCUCUGGAAUGGCCUAUUUGCAUUCCAUGUGUAUCAUCCACCGGGAUCUGAACUCGCACAACUGCCUCAUCAAGCUGGACAAGACCGUGGUGGUGGCAGACUUUGGGCUGUCACGGCUCAUAGUUGAGGAGAGGAAGAAGCCCCCAGUGGAGAAGGCCACCACCAAGAAGCGUACCUUGCGCAAGAGUGAUCGCAAGAAACGCUACACGGUGGUGGGAAACCCCUACUGGAUGGCCCCUGAGAUGCUGAAUGGAAAGAGCUACGACGAGACUGUGGAUGUCUUCUCUUUUGGGAUCGUCCUGUGCGAGAUCAUCGGGCAGGUGUAUGCAGAUCCUGAUUGCCUGCCCCGAACACUGGACUUCGGCCUCAACGUGAAGCUCUUCUGGGAGAAGUUUGUCCCCACGGACUGCCCCCCAGCCUUCUUCCCCCUGGCCGCCAUCUGCUGUAGACUGGAGCCCGAGAGCAGACCAGCAUUCUCCAAACUGGAGGACUCCUUUGAGGCCCUCUCCCUGUACCUUGGGGACCUGGGCAUCCCGCUGCCUGCAGAGCUGGAGGAGCUGGACCACACUGUGACCGUGCAAUAUGGCCUGACCCGGGACUCGCCACCCUAGCCCCGGCCCAGCCCCCUGCGGGGGGGUGUUCCACAGCCAGCACUGCCCCCUCUGCGCCCCAUCCCUGCUGUGGGCAGGGCCUUCCGCGCUUCCUGUGGAUUGGCAGCUUGUUUAGAAGCAGAACCGACCAUCCCUACUACCUCCCCAGGAGGCGAGCGGGUGCAGCACCGGGGAAGCCACCUCCACAGGUUCUGGGGCCUGGUUACUGUCUGUAAAUCCAACACUUGCCUGAAAGCUGUGAAGAAGAAAACAA